AUGCAGCGCCCGCUCCUUAACAUCUCCCCGCUGCGGCCUCCAGGCUUUGAAGCAUCCCCAACCCCGCCACUCCAGUGCAACGGCAACCUGCAGCGAACCCCUACGCCACCCCGUGCUCGCCCCCAUGAUGCUGGGCACGACCUGCCGGCGGGCCUGGCUGAGCUCAUUGUGCCCUGCCUCGAGCUUCCGGCUACGCUCUUCUGCCCAAGGCAGCCGGCGCUCCUGCCAUCUGCAGCCACGCAACCUCCCCCUGAGGUGCCCUUGGCAUCUCCAAGGCCAAGCCCUCCAGCGGCCCGUCGAAAGACUUUGGCGGGCAUGAGAAUCUCCAAGGAGGGCGGCAUCUCUCUGCAACGGACCCGGCGACCUUCCAGCCGCACGCCGGCUGCUCCGGUGGCAAAGGUGGCCGAGCGCCUGGUUUGCCGCAGCCUGGGCAUAACCAAAGAUGGUCAAGAUGUAACUGCUUCGAUCCUGGAGGCGUUCACAGAGAGAUUCAAGGAGCAGCUCCCUCCUGAAGUGAUUGUGGCCAUGAGGGACUUCUUCAAGCUUGAUGACAGUUCUAUUAGCGCUGUUGAGGAUGCGCUGAUAGACCAUGGUGGUGCUGCGGCAUUAGACUCUGUGGGGCUGGAGCAAGACGGCCAGGGAUCGGAGCCGGCGAUCGCUUGA